AGCGCCAGGAGGCUGCUGCUGCUGCUGGGGCUGGCGGGGCUGCUGGCAGCGAUGGCAGCGGGGACGUGGCAGCUCGGUCAGUGCCCCAUGAAGCACCUGAAGGAGCCCCAGCCCGAGCAGGGCUCCCCCCAGGAGCAGGAGCUGGAGGUGACCCCAGCGUGUGACAAUGAGGAGGAGGAGGAGCCCGUGGUCCGGGGGGCUCCCAGCACAGUGUCUUUCAGGAUCAGCACAGCCAAUUCCUUGCUGGAAGCACGGCUGGAGGCACACCCUGGCUGGCUCCUGGUGUGCCACGGGCACUGGGAGCCCUCCCUGGGCACCCUGCUCUGCCAGCAGCUGGGCUACCUCAGCAUGACCCAGCAGAAGGCAGUGAGCCUGAGGGAUGUCCAGGUGAGUGCUGGGCAGCAGUUCCUGCAGGUGAGAGCCCGGCAGGAAGGCAGCCUGGAGGACAUGUGGCAGGUCAGGAGCAGCUGCCAGUCGGGGCGCAUCGUGGCUCUGCAGUGCUCAGAGUGUGGGCUGCAGGCGGGGGCUGUCAGGGUGGUGGGGGGCACAGACGUGUCCCCCGGGCGCUGGCCCUGGCAGGUCAGUGUGUGCCAGGGCUCCCAGCACCGCUGUGGGGGCUCCGUGCUGGCCCCCGAGUGGAUCCUGACGGCAGCUCACUGCGUGCACAGCCCGCAGCCCGGUGCCGGCAGCCCGCAGUGCCGGUGCCGCGGUUGCAGGCAGCUGCCAGCCCCGGCCUGGCUGGUGUUUGCGGGCAUGGUCACGCACGGCUCGCUGCGGCCGGAGGCGGGCGUGCCAGUCCGGGCCAUCAUCGCCCACCCGCUCUACAACGACAGCAGCCUGGACUACGACAUGGCCCUGAUCAGGCUCCAGGCGCCGCUCAACUUCUCACGUGCCAUCCGAGCCGUGUGCCUGCCGCCCGCCCCGCGGGACCUGCUGCAGGGCACGCCGUGCUGGGUGUCGGGCUGGGGCCACACCGCCCCCGGCCAAGCACAGGUGGCCGGGACGCUGAAGGAGGCGCUGGUGCCCCUGAUCGGCACCCGGAGGUGCAACAGCUCCUGCGUGUACAAGGGUGAGCUCACGGCCAGGAUGCUGUGUGCAGGACACCUGAGGGGACACGUGGACGCCUGCCAGGGGGACAGUGGGGGCCCGCUGGUGUGCUGGGAUGGGGACACGUGGCGCCUGGUGGGCGUUGUGAGCUGGGGCCAGGGCUGUGCUGAGCCCAACCACCCCGGGGUCUACACCAACGUGGCUCAGCUGCUGCCCUGGAUCCACCAGGUCACCCAGAUGCACUAG